AUGCCACUGUCGCUGCCACCUCAGGGUGACCACGGCGAGUCCAGUCCGUCCAGGUCCCCCAAAAAGCACACCUCUUUCCAUAUCUGGCGCUCCAAGAAGAAGCAGCAGCCUCCGCGGUCUGACUGUGGGGUGUUCAUUCCACACCCGCCCCUGGCGCCCCUCCGAGAGGACAGAGCUUUGGAGGUAGUGGACGGAGCACCUGUAGCUGGAGAGUAUGAAGAAUGUACACUGUACUGUGGGGAGUCCCAGUUCUUUCACACCACCUGUGAGAUGCCGGGUGCUUUACCUACAGAGUCUGGAAUCUUUAAAAAGUCCAGAGCACAACCACCAGAAGAGAACAAAAGGAAGCCAGUUUUGGGGAAACUUGGCACUCUGUUCACGGCCGGAAGGAGAAGGAACAGCAGAAAUGGGUUAGAGAGUCCCACCAGCUCAAAUAUCAAACCAGGCUCUCCCAAAGAAGUAACCUCUUCCAAACUCCCAGAAAGGGAGACUGAGAAGAGUCAACCUCUGGGCGGCCAACCAAGGCCGACAGACGUGUGCGAGGAGGGCUCCCCACAGGAGAAGUGCCAGGAGCCGAAGGGUGAACACCCCGAGGGCUGCAUGCAGGCAGCCCCACCGGACGCCACGCGAUCACCUGGCCGGGGCAGCCAUGCAGCGGCGGCUGUGCAGCAGGGCUGUGAAAGUGAUUCACCCCAAUUAGAACCUCUGGAGGCAGAGCGAGAGACCUUCCCAGAUGCCACCGCCACUGCCAAGCAACUGCGUUCCUCAUUAGAGAACUCCUCCAGGCGGGAGAACGCAGAGGCGCUCAUCUGCAGUCCCGGGGAGGACGCUUCGCCCGGCGCUGGCAGCGAGCAGGAGCCCACCCAGGGAUCGAGGGGCGUGCCGGGCUCGCCCGCUGGGGAGCAUACCGCCGAAGGGCCCCCCCGCGUGUGUGUCCACGGAGGCUCUCUGGAGCCUCAGGGCGCGCUGAGCCAAGCCCCGGAGGACUCUUCGGCUUCGCCCGGCGACCCGCCCGCCGAGGGUUCGGAGAACCGGCUGGGCUCAGCACCAGUCAAUGGCAAAGCUGAGCCCCCAGGGCAAGACUGCCGGCCCCGCGAGCGCGCCCACCCAGCAAAAGUGCUGACUCUGGACAUCUACUUGAGUAAGACCGAGGUGGCACAGGUGGGCGAGCCGGUCGUGAUCAGCCCCGGGGCGGGAGAUUGCGGCGAUUGCGACGACAUGGAAAAGAGGUCGAGCGGCCGCAGGUCUGGGAGACGGAGGCGGUCGCAGAGAUCCACCGACUCCCCCGGCGCUGACCCACCGCUGCCCGACUGUGCGCCCCGGGACGACACGGUGUUCGAGGACGAGGUGGCGCCAGACGCGGCCGCAGAGAAUGGCUGUGCAGAAAAGAAAGUGAAAUCUCCUCCGCAGGCGGCCCCCAAUGGGGGCGUUGCCUCCGCUGCCGGCCUCGAGUCCAAGCCCAACCCCAGCCCCAAAGGGCAGCUCCGAGGGGAGCCGGAGCGGAGCAAACAGCCGCCGCCCGCCUCGUCCCCCACCAAGAGGAGAGGCCGGAGCCGCGUCCCCGAGGCCGUGCCCACCUCGCCCGCCGGUGGCCCGCGGGCUCCAGCCAAGGACUCCCCUCUCAAGAAGGCGCCAGACCCUGGCCCCAGCCCGAACGCCAAGGAAAGCGGGGAGGAGGCGGCCCGGGUCAUCCCCCGGGAGCUCACGGUUAAGAGCAGCUCGCUACUGCCUGAGAUCAAGCCCGAGCACAAGAGGGGGCCGCUCCCCCACCUCUUGGACGGCCGGGGAGACGGAGGUCGAAGCAGAGACUUGGGCAGAUCGGCUGGAGGUUCUGACGCCUCCGAGGGCUUGAAGCCCAGGAACCACUUCGGUGUGGGCAGGUCGACGGUGACCACCAAAGUGACCCUCCCUGCCAGGCCCAAACACGUGGAACUAAAUCUUAAAAAUCCUAAGAAUCUUGACAGUUUGGGAAAUGAGCAUAAUCCAUUUAGCCAGCCGGUUCACAAAGGAAACACUGCCACCAAAAUCUCCUUAUUUGAAAACAAGCGGGCAAACAGCAGCCCGAGACACACUGACAUUCGAGGUUUGAAGAACACUCCUGCCUCUAAUAAAACAUUUGUCGAGAGGGCAAAGCUGAAUUUAGCCAAAAAAGCCAAGGAAAUGGAGCAGCCUGAAAAGAAGGUGGUGCCAAAUAGUCACCAGAACGGUGUGCCGGGGAAGCCAUCAUCUGCAGAAGCCAAAGGGAUGCUUCCUGAAGAGGAGACCCCUGUUUCUCAGCUUCCCCACGGUGAUAAGGUAGAUGUGCAAACAGAUGCUGGCUGCCCUUCCGAACCAGUGGUUGCUGCCCUGACUCCCCUUAAGGACCAGGAGCUCUUAGGAGAGAGUGACUCCAAGGCUGCUAACAGCAAAAGACUCGAACUUGAAAAGAUGACUAAUACAGCAGAAAACACCCCCGCCAUUCUUGAUACCAAAGAUCCACCUCCAACAGCCAUAGCAAAGCCGCAGCCUGGAUUUCCUGACUCACAGCCCCCAGCUGAGUCAUCUAAUGGGCCUUCUCUGUCGCUGGCUGCCCCCAUCCCUGCAGAUGAUACCAAAGACACAUGUGCUCAAGCUCCUGUAAGCAGUUCUGUGUGCACUGAUCUCAGAGUGUCAGAAAGCCAUAAUGGAUGUACUCUGCCUGUAUCUCAUCAGAAUAAUGAGACAAUGCCCCCCUCCAAACUUGCAGAAGGAAGAGAAGGAGGAGGGGAGACAAGCCCUCCUUUGUCCCCAGAGCACAGCCCGCAAGCUGUGGGAGAUGAGUGUCCAUCCAAGGUCCUAGUCCAGGUCAGGUCCUUCGUGCUCCCUGUGGAGAACAUGGAGGGGGGCUGCUCCCGGAUCAUCACAGAUAGCUCUGAAGUUAGAGAAGCACAGUUGCCAAGCUGUCACAAUAAUGAACUCCAAGUGGUUUCCGUUGCAAGUGGUGCUCCCCAGAAAGAGGAAGUACAGGGCAAUAAGGGCACAUCACCCAAACACAUUCACUGCAAAGAGGAACAUGUAGUAAAAUCUGGCGCACAAGUCAUGCCGCCUGAAUCAGAAGCAACUCUGCCUGUCCAGGCUCAAAGUGAGGACAACGGAAAAGCCCUGAAGGCUGAAUCCACCGCCACCAGCUUCCCUGACAACAGAAGUCAUUUAGAAACCCCUCAAAGACCCAGUCAGAGUGUUGUGAAUGGCCAGGGCAGUCCUGCCAGUCUUUUGAACAUCUCUGCUGGUAGUGAUGAUAGUGUAUUCGAUUCUUCUUCUGACAUGGAGAAAUUCACUGAGAUUAUAAAAAAGAUGGACAGCACUGUGUGUAUGCCCCAGAAGAAAAAGAAGGCUAGGCUGCCAAACUCCCCCACCCCUCACUUUGCCAUGCCGCCUAUUCACGAGGACAAUUUAGAAAAGGUGUUUGAUCCCAACGUGUUUACCUUUGGUUUGGGGAAGAAAAAGGAAGGCCAGUCGGAAAUGUCACCAGCUUUACAUUUGAUGCAGAAUCUUGACACCAAAUCCAAAUUGAGGCCCAAACGUUCAUCCACUGAACAGAGUGUCCUCUUCAAGUCCUUGCAGACUCAUACUAAUGGGAAAGAUGAGCCCCUGGCAGCUCCAGAAGUCAAUGACAAAGAGAACAAAGAUGUCCAAAACGGUGGAGUCAAGAGAUCGAGGCUAGAAAAAAGUGCACUUUUCUCAAGCUUGCUAUCUUCUCUACCACAAGACAAAAUCUUUUCUCCCUCUGUAACAUCAGUCAAUACCAUGACCACAUCUUUCGGUACUGCUCAUAGCAGUUCUCUUUCUCGACCUUCCGUGUUGCAGCCUGUGGCUGAGAGUGCCCCACCCUGUAGUUCAGAGAAAGAACAACCAAGUCUGCCAGCCAGUAACUUAAAGGUCUUCAAUUUCAACUCGUCAGAUACGUCUCAUUCGGGAUUAAAAAGUCUGAGCCCCAUGGAAAAGUGCCUGCAAAAAGAGGAAACCAAAAAGGAUCUGGAUCUGCAAAGCAACCUUCCCAUGCCAGAAACUAAAUUUUCUGAAUUUUCGAAACUGAAGACCAACGGUGAUAUGUCUAAUCAUACUGAAAGUGUUCUUAAAUCAAACUUGCCGAGCUAUGGAAGCAGUGACACAGACUUCACUGGUCUCUUCAAAGCCAGCCGGUUUGACCCAAGCAUUUCUUUUUCUGGAAUGGCAUUAUCAGAUACAACAACACUUAGAGGAAGCGUCCAGAAUAAAAUCAAUCCCCGACCUGGAAAAGUGGUGAUAUACAGCGAGCCCGACGUCUCAGAGGCAUGUAUUGAAGUGUUCAGUGACGUGGAGGAUUGUAGCGCCUGGAGCCUCUCUCCUGUGAUACUAGUAAAAGUCGUUAGAGGAUGUUGGAUUUUGUAUGAGAAACCAAAUUUUGAAGGGCACUCCAUCCCCUUAGAAGAAGGAGAAUUGGAACUCUCUGGUCUCUGGGGUAUAGAAGAUAUUUUGGAAAGAAAUGAGGAUGAGGCAGUGUCGCCUAAGCCCAUGGUGAUUGGUUCAAUCAGACUUGUGGUCCAGGAUUACAGAGUUAGUCAGAUUGACUUAUUUACGGAACCAGAAGGGUUAGGGCUUCUAAAUUCCUACUUUGAUGAUACCGAAGAAAUGCAGGGGUUUGGCAUAAUGCAGAAGACUUGUUCCAUUAAAGUACAUUGGGGCACAUGGCUGAUUUAUGAAGAGCCUGGAUUUCAGGGUGUCCCUUUUAUCCUGGAACCUGGUGAAUACCCUGACUUAUCUUUCUGGGAUACAGAGGAGGCAUACAUUGGAUCCAUGCGGCCACUGAAAAUGGGUGGCCGUAAAGUUGAAUUCCCUACAGAUCCUAAGGUAGUUAUUUAUGAAAAGCCUUUCUUUGAAGGAAAAUGUAUGGAGCUGGAAACAGAGAUGGGUAGGUUUAUCAUGGAAGGAGGUGAAACAGAAGAAACCACUGGAGAUGAACAUUUGUCCUUUGUAUCGGUGGGAUCUAUGAAAGUUCUACGAGGCAUUUGGGUUGCUUAUGAGAAGCCUGGCUUUACAGGUCAUCAGUAUUUGCUUGAAGAAGGAGAAUACAAGGACUGGAAUGACUGGGGAGGCUACAGUGGAGAACUGCAGUCUUUACGACCUAUAUUAGGUGAUUUUUCAAAUGCUCACAUGAUAAUGUACAGUGAAAAAAACUUUGGAUCCAAAGGUUCCAGUAUUGAUGUAUUAGGAAUUGUUGCUAAUUUAAAGGAGACUGGAUACGGAGUGAAGACACAGUCUAUUAAUGUACUGAGUGGAGUAUGGGUAGCCUAUGAAAAUCCUGACUUCACAGGAGAACAGUACAUCCUGGAUAAAGGUUUCUAUACCAGCUUCGAGGACUGGGGAGGCAAAAACUGUAAGAUCUCCUCUGUUCAACCCAUAUGUUUGGAUUCUUUCACUGGCCCAAGGAGACGAAAUCAGAUUCACCUGUUUUCAGAACCACACUUUCAAGGUUGCAGUCAAUGUUUUGGAGAAACAAUAAGUCAAAUUGAUGAUUCAUUCUCUACGAAGUCUUGUAGAGUUUUAGGAGGCAGCUGGGUUGCAUAUGAUGGAGAAAACUUCUCUGGUAAUCAGUACGUGUUGGAGGAAGGCCACUAUCCUUCAGUGUCUGCAAUGGGAUGCCAACCUGGAGCAACUUUCAAGUCUCUUCGUUUUAUAGAUGUUGAAUUUUCUGAGCCAACAAUUAUUCUUUUUGAAAGAGAAGACUUCAAAGGAAAAAAGAUUGAAUUUAAUACAGAAAUAGUUAAUCUCCGAUCCCUAGGAUUCAACACGCACAUACGCUCUGUCCAGGUGAUUGGUGGCAUAUGGGUUACUUAUGAAUAUGGCAAUUACAGGGGCCGACAGUUCCUACUGUCACCAGCAGAAGUACCUAAGUGGUAUGAAUUCAGUGGCUGUCACCAAAUAGGUUCUCUACGACCUUUUGUUCAGAAACGAAUUUAUUUUAGACUUCGAAACAAAGCAACAGGGUUAUUCAUGUCAACCAAUGGAAACCUAGAGGAUCUGAAGCUUCUCAGAAUACAGGUCAUGGAGGAUGUCGGUGCUGACGACCAGAUCUGGAUUUAUCAAGAAGGAUGCAUCAAAUGCAGGAUAGCAGAGGACUGCUGCCUGACCAUCGUGGGGAGCCUCGUAACCUCUGGCUCGAAGCUGGGCCUGGCGCUCGAACAGAACGCUGACAGUCAGUUCUGGAGCAUGAAGCCCGACGGCAGGAUCUACAGCAAGCUUAAGCCAAAUUUAGUUUUAGAUAUCAAAGGGGGCACUCAGUAUGAUCAAAAUCACCUUAUCCUCAACACUGUCAGCAAAGAGAAGGUAACGCAAGUGUGGGAAGCCAUGGUCCUGUAGACCCGAAUGAAGAACACAGGGAGAGUAUUUCUGGAGGUCCUCCAGAGCUACCUGACUUAGACAAAGAAAAAAAGGCCUGCUGCUGGAAGCACGAAGAAGAGAGCAGACCUCCUCCAACAACUCUGAAGUCUCUCUUGAAUCACGUUCCUGUGACCAGGACAACCUCUCAUCUUAGCAAAAGACUGUGAUCAUUUUAAAACAAGCAUCUGUCCUCUUGUUUCUUCCCCUUCCUUUCAGGAGCUGCUUAAACAGGUUGCCUCCUUAGCAGCUUUAGGGUGCUUUUUGGAAAAAGUUAUACUAAGACCUUAAGAGAUGAUGUAUGUUUUAAAUUAUUUCCAAAGUCAGAGAACAGGAACAAACUUACCGACCUUGCAGGGCUACAAGUCCUGUACAUGUUAAAGGGAAGGACAGAAGCUCAAGUUUGUAAGGUAGGAGACACUUCAGCAUCUGAGAAGAAAUCAUUUAUUAGGCCUGCAAUUUUGGUCCCUGACCCUCUGUUUUCUGGACUGAUUAAUUAUGCUGUAAAAUGGGGAAAGCCUUAGCUGUUCAGACAUAUAUUUUAAGGAACUAAGUAUGAACCAAGUAUGUUUCUGUUAAUAUUAAAAAUUAGCAA